CGGAAAUUCUCGAGGUAAACACACCGGCCAAAACACAAGUCAUUGAGUCAAGGUUCGAGUCCCUCCUGUCUUUGAGCUGAAUUUUCUCUCCUCUUACGAUGUUUUUAACACGUAGUGAAUAUGACCGUGGUGUCAACACUUUCUCUCCAGAGGGACGUUUGUUCCAGGUGGAAUAUGCCAUUGAGGCUAUCAAGUUGGGCUCGACAGCCAUUGGAAUCCAGACAAGCGAAGGUGUUGUUUUAGCUGUGGAAAAGAGGAUCACAUCUCCCCUUAUGAUUCCCAGCACCAUUGAAAAGAUUGUGGAAAUUGACAAACACAUCGGCUGUGCAGUUUCUGGUCUGGUAGCAGAUUCUCGUACCUUAGUGGACCAUGCCCGUGUGGAGUGUGCUAACCACUGGUUUGUUUAUAACGAAGACAUGAAGGUGGAAUCAGUUGCUCAAGCAGUGUCGAACCUUGCCAUUCGCUUUGGUGAUUCUGAUGAUGAUGGUCCAGCAAUGAGUCGUCCAUUUGGUGUGGCUAUGUUAUUUGCUGGUAUUGAUAAGACAGGCUCACAUCUGUAUCACAUGGACCCCUCUGGCACCUUCCUAGAGUUCGGUGCAAAGGCCAUUGGCUCUGGCUCUGAGGGUGCACAGCAGUCCCUCCAAGAAUCCUACCACAAGUCAAUGACUCUACAGGAGGCCUUAAAGGUUGCCCUGACUGUGUUGAAGCAGGUCAUGGAGGAGAAGGUCAGCGGCACAAAUGUGGAGGUCGCAGCAGUCACCCCAGAGAAGGGAUUCCACCGCUACCCCCAGAACGAAGUGGAGACUGUUAUUGCGGACCUUUAAUUUGUUUGAUAAAACCCUUGUAAUCAUUUUUAGAGGCGACUUUGAAGAAACUCCCCAAGAUUUUUGCCAUUUUUCCACAUUUUUUCAGAAGAUGGGACAGGAUGGAUUUUGUGGUGUGUCUUGGAUCUUUCGCAUGCUAAGGAGAAACAGAAGUGAAUUCAGUUAUUUAUAGCGAGAGAAGCUCUCACGGCCAUUCUCUGCUCUUGCACUGUAUUGUAUGCUUGUAAAUCAUGGGAGCUCAGUUCUCAAGUGUAUCAUGGUCAACAUUGAAAGGUUUUAGCAUUUUGUCUAAAACAUUCCUGGAGAGAAAUAAGUUUGGAUCUAUUUAUGAAUUCUUUAGUUUAUUUUGAAUUUAAGAGAGUAAUGUUAAACAGAACUGCUCUGAAGCAAAAAGGAUUAAAGCUUUGUGCAUAAAGUCAUCGGUGGAGAUGGUUACAGGCGUCAAGAUAAUAAAAUGUACUGCAGAGUUUUUCUAAAUAAAUAUAACAAAUCGA